UACAAGCUAGAUGCGAGAUCAGGAUAGGAUAUUCUGCUGACACUUUCACUGUCAAUUAAUUCUAUGGAUAGAUAUUCAACAUACGCUUCGACGUCAACCAGGAGACCAGAUGGAGUAGGUGGUCUGGCAUCGCCCUAUGGCAAAACUACAGGUAAACUCGGAGGGAUGGACGGCAGGAUGCCAGGAGAUGAUAUGUCCUUCAACGUGGAGUCUGUAUCCUCAUACCAGGACUACCCAACAGCCAGGCCACUCCUGGGGGAUCAGAUCGCCAGGAGGAAGCACCCAGAACAGGUCCGAGCUGUCCCAGAAAGCAACAGCAGAGCGGUGGUGUCUGCAUUGAGGGGCUUGCAGGAAAAGAUCCGUAAGCUGGAGCUAGAGAGAGCCCAGGCAGAGACCAACCUGAAAUCCCUAUCCAAAGAAACCAGCCAGUACAGACAAACCUUACAGGAGCCUACAGCAACCAAGAGGAGAACGCAGAAGGAGACACAGACAGCUCGGGAUGUACAAGAGGUGCAGAGCCAAUUAUCUGGUGCCGACCAGCGCAUACCGCUGCUUGAGAAACAGCUGGAGUACAUGCGGAGGAUGGUGCAGAGCGCCGAGAGCGAUCGGCAGGCCGCACUGAAGAUGGCUGAGGCGCGGAGAACGCAGGACACCCUCGCCCAACGAGAGGAACUGAUGAGUCAAGAAGAGAAGCUGCGGAAGCUAGAGAGGGAGUACAAUCGCUUGACAGAUAACCAAUCAGUUUCACAGAGUAAAAUCAGAGAUUUGGAAAACAGGCUCAGGGAAGAGAGAAGGCAAAGGAAAAUGCUCUUAGAUCGUGAAGCAGAGUUGAGGACUCUGGCAGAAACCAACCGCAUCCUACUCGCCACAGAACAGGCCACGGAGGAACGAAGACCCAGGAAAGUGAAGAAGAAGAGGAAAAAGGUUCCACAGCCAACGUCUCCCAGGCCUCAUUGCACGGGGCAGAUCCCAUUUGUUGUAGGCAAGUCAACAACUCCCAGUCACUCUGUGAAUGCCAAUCUCCAGAAUGUACUUGCCAUUCUUAAGACACACAACACAGCGUGGUGUGGCAACGGACCUCUCGCACCUCACCGACCUCAGAGUGCAAAGGUCAAAAGGUCAGCAUCGGUGUCGUCAUCUGCCGGCAGUGACCUAUCCGACCUCGUACUUGGACUCCAGGAAGAGUUUGCCCUCAUGGGACUAGAACACCAAGAUCUUGCUAAGCAGAUCCGCGAGACGGAAGACCCUCACAUCAGGGAGGAUCUAGAGAGGGAGCUUGAUAAUCUAGUCUUCAAGAUGGAGGCCAAGGGAGACCAGAUUGCUAAACUCAAGAAACAUAAAGAACAGCUUUCUGGAAAGCCAAAAAAGGCAAAAGCCCCCAAGGCGCAGAAGACCAAGCCUAGAUCAAUAGGAACAAGACAAGCAUCUUCUCCUUCUAUUUCAAAUGGAGCAGAGGUGCAGGUCAUCACCACGGUGAAGACCAAAGGCCGAGGGGCGGGGCCUAUCCAUGUGUCAAAUGGCGAUUCCAAACGAAAUCUACAAAUGCUGCGGGACAUGCAAGUGCUGCAGACAUCAUUACGCAAAGACGAUGUCAGCUGGGAUUAAAAACAAGCAGGUCUCAGAUGCUUGGGAUUGAUUCAGAUAAACUUUAACUAUGGAAAGCCUUCAGUGUCCUAAUUUAUUGUGUAAACGGCUUAUCUGUCAAGGGAAAGGCGUAUGCACUGUCCCUUUUAACUAUACUAAAAAUAGCACUGUUAAAUUUGAUGACGCAUGCAUAAACAUUCAGAGUAUCGUGACCUAACAUGUGUAAGAUGAUAAAUUAUGAUACUGCUAGCUUUCCAUAGACAAGAUUAAUUUCAAAUUGAUGACAUAUAAUAUAAAUUCUUUUUAUAGAGCAUCAUGCUUUCACAUAAGUAUGUGAGAUAAUGAAUUAUGGUGCUCAUGACUUUCCAUAGUAAUUGAGAUUAAAUAAUGAUGCCUUUUAGAGCAUCAUGCCAAAAGAUAAAUUUGGGAGAUAAUGAAUUAUGGUGCUGUCAACUUUCCAUAGUUAGGUUUAUUAUGAUCUGACACAUUCCUCCAGAGCAUCAUGCCCUUGCAAGACAAUGAAUUGUGGUGCUGCUGGCUUUCCAUACUUACAAUUGAUCUGAAUCAACCACAGUCUUGUGUGUAAUUUUAGCACAUGGAGCCAUCAAGUUUUCAAUAAUUCCAAUGAAAUAGAACAAAGGAUAUCACAGUGCUACUAAUUCCUACAAGAAGUCUUGAACUUGCAAAGUUGUAAAGUUAUUUUAAAUUUUGGAACAUGAAACGUAACCAAAGCUUCAAAAAUUUCAAAUUAUGACCUCGUUGUUGAAUCAUGGAAAUCCAUGGGUUGUACUUGUUCAUGUAAUUCAAAGUAGAGGUAUCAAGGUAACUGGCAAUGACAUAGAGUGAUAUAAACACGUAAAUGUGUCAUCUCAGUACGAACUUGACACUCAUGUGCCAAUGAUCACUCAUUUAUCAUUACUUCAAAACAAAUCAGUUUAGCAGGCAUCCCCCCCACCGUUACUGAAAGAUAUCAUUACAUAACACGAAAUUCGAUUCAAGAUUGCGAUUUGUCAAGCCAUUCAAUACUUCACAUUUACCUUUCGGAUAGUCCAAUUUUGCUGCUCUCAGAUGAAAUAAACAUGAAACCCCAUUCUGAUAUUUCAAAUUGAAUUUACCAACUCUCAUUCUCAAAUGAGAAAAACCAUGUGUUGAAUAUAAAUUUUGUCGGAACUAAAUCCAUAAACUCCACACUUGGCACUAAAAUCUGUGGUCUAAUUUGUUUCCGAAUAUUCAUGUGCACUUAUGCAUAAUUCAUAUUCUCUAUAUUAGUACAUGUACUAAUUCCAAAAAUUAAUUUAUUGAACUUGUACUGCACUUUGUACUUUAAUCUUGCUGGAUUUAUGUACAAAUUUGAAAUGUUUGUUGAUGCACAAAGCAGGCGGCUGCAUAUGUAUAUUGUUGUCUAUGUUCAUAUGGCUUGAUUAUAAUUUAUUUCUUCCAAUUUAACAAUGUGUGUUCACCAAAUAUAUCAAAAGUAUGUAUCCAUGUUAUUGAAGGGUGCCAAAGUAUUUUGUAUAUAUGGGAAAUGUGGAAAAUUCAUAUUCAUUAUUUUUCUUUGUAGUAUUCGCUCAGUAUUCAAUAGAAAGGCCAAAAGAAUAGAAAGAUAUUUUGACUGUUUUCUCUCUACGACUAACUGAAAUUUAUAAUCAGAACCUUUCCUUUAUCUUUGACCAUUUGGUAUGUCUGGUUAGUCUAAAAUGAUAGUGGUUGCAGAGGGGUGGGGAAGUAUGUCUGUUGUUACUAUACUUUAGUCAUUUGGGUGUAAAACAUUAUUCUAUUAACCCCCAUCAGACUGGGAGGGUGAUCAGGGGCCCGUCUUACAAAGAGUUGCCAUUGAUCCGAUCAACCACAACUAUAGACAUCAACAUCUAACCUGCUA